AAAUCAUGUCAAGUCUUAAGUCUUCAAUUACAGUAGGAAUAUUUUAGUCUUUAAGUUUUUGUGGUCUGAGAUAAAAAAUUUUAAAAAAUAUCGCCUUUUAACCACCUAAAGUUAGUUAUUCUUUGAAACCGAGAUUAGAUGAUUAAAUGACAAAUAGUACAUAAACUAAUCCUUCUUCAUUAUAAAUUAUUGAGUCAGAACAUGAAAAACGAUAGAAAUCUAAGUCAUAUGAUGAUGAAAACAUACAUUAAUUAGGUUUAUUAGAUUUGGCAGAGGAAAUAAUGCAAUUUACAAGUGAAACUUUAAGUCCAAUGAAAGAAAAGUAAAGAUAGUUAUUAAAAUAGAAUAUCGGAACCUGCUUAUGACUUUUAUUUGAUAGAUGAAUAAGGUUAAGAAAUUCCAAUUCCAAAAUAAGUUAAUUUAGAAUUGACUGGAUAUUUCUUAAAGGGAAGAAAAGGGCAUCGAAUAGCAUCCUUAUAUAUAUAAUAUUUAUUUCCAAUAAGUGAAUAUGUAAUGUUGUUCAGUCAUGGGAAUGCGAGUGAUUUAGGCUAUAUGAUUGAUACAUUAAUUGGUAAUUAUUAUAAUUAAGUUUUUAAGAUCUUUGUAACAAUUUAAGAAUAAAUAUAUUUGCUUAUGAAUAUUCAGGCUAUGGACUUUCAUAAGGAAAGUGUACAGAUCUCAAUAUCAUUAACAAUAUUUAAGUAGCUUAUUAAUUCUUAGUCUAAUAAAUGAAUUUUGAUCCUACUAAAAUUAUUGUUUAUGGUUAUAGCAUAGGAUCAGGGCCUAGUGUUAUGUUAGUAUCUGAUAUAGUAUUUCCAGUAGGAGGAUUAGUUGUUCAUUCAGGAAUGAGUUCAGGUUUAAGAGUUGUUAAUAAUAAAUUAAAAUCUACUCCUUUUUAUGAUAUUUUCCCUAAUAUUGAUAGGAUAAAGGAUGUAACAUGUCCAGUAUUCAUAUUACAUGGGAAAGAAGAUGAAAUUAUUGAUUUAAAACAUGCAAAAUUAUUGUCCAGUAAUUGUUAAAGAUUAUAUGAAUAUUGGGAAGUUGAAAAUAUUGGACAUUAAGGAAUCGACACAAAUGAUGAACAUCGCAAAAACUAUUUCUAUAAAUUAAGAGAUUUCAUUAAAUGUAUAUUUUUAAAUUUAUAUUAUUAGUAAUACAAAAAGAAAAUUAAACAAUCAAAGAACUAAAACAAAGAAAUACUGCUAGUCCUAAAUUAAAUGGUUCGUAUAAUCAUUAUUAUGAUAAUAAAAUAAGAGAAUUUCAUUUAAGUUGUAAAAAGGUGGAAGAUUCAGAUUCUCCUCCUAAAAAACUUCGUUGA